CACGGAACACCAGCGGAACACCAGCGGCACACCUCUAGAGGCACCAUGGAACGGUGAGAGGCUAGUCUGCUUGCGAAUAGUGCGAGGGGCGAAAGUAAGCAUUACGCGUGGCUUGCCCUGGAAACGCGGGAUUUUCAAAAUCUAUAGAGAAAUGUUGUGAUGUCAUCAAAACUGGUUCGAUAUAUAUAGAGGCACAGACCCGACAUGGUGGUAACAGAUACACACACGCAUGCAGGUGACAGAUCAAGCUUUCUAAAGACGAGACAUCGACUUGGCAGACGCGAUGCUUGGGUCGUGAUUCGAAGAUGCUUCCCCCCGCUAAGCUUCCAAACCGUGGCCCAGCGGUUGAGCUAGUGGCGCUGACCACGCUAGGUAUUGCGACGCUGUUCGUCGUGGCCCGGCUGGUUACGCGCCUCGGCAUUGUAAAGAGAUCGACAUUGGAUGACUUGAUGAUUGUCGUUGGCUGGACCUUGGCGCUCGGUGUGACCCUUUCGAUUACCAUCGGUGUUGCGAAAGGCUUGGGCAGGCAUGAUGUGGAUAUUCCACCCCAGUCGCUAGACGAUUUGAGGAAGUGCGAGUAUACGUUUUCCGUACUUUAUAACCCCGCGCUUAUGGCGACGAAGACAAGCAUAUUAAUAUUCUAUCUAUGCCUAUCAAAGAAUAUGAAAUAUUUCCGGCUAGCCACAUAUUUAACGAUUGCGGUGGUUAUCAUAGCCGGCACGAUUUUGACAUUCUUCAAUAUAUUCGUCUGUGAUCCGAUCACCAAGACUUUCAGCAACAGCUCAACGCAAAAGUGCAUACGGCUCGUCACUCUUUACUUUGCCGCCUCGCCCACAAACGUCGCAACUGACAUUGUGAUUCUAAUACUUCCAAUACCCAUCCUCACCGGAAUGCAGCUGCCUCGGAAGCAAAAGGUUAUUCUAGUUUUUACAUUCGCACUAGGGAUAUUCGUAAUGAUUGUCGAUGUGAUUCGGAUUAAUGCUCUGCAAAAUACCAUAUUGAUCAUCACUGCUGGGGGCCCUGUGCCAACAACGACGGAUUCCCUCGAAGACACUACAGACUUUGCAUAUCUCGUGUCGCCUGCACUAAUGUGGUCAGCUGUGGAAAUUAAUGUUGGGAUUAUCUGUGCUUGCAUCCCGACGUUGAGGCCGUUGGUGAAAAGGGUGGUGCCAUGGCUUAUUGAGCAGGUCGGAAGUCACAGCAGUGAUGGGUUAUCGAAGCCGAAGCCGAAGCCGUGGCCUGAGAAUCAGACUUUAGAUGUUCAAGUUACCACAAAUGGAAGUUGGGGUGUCACGGCGCCCACCGAGGACAGACCGAUCCACCCAGACGCUCGUGAUUCGGAUAUCCAGUUGGAGUUUCUUACAGAGAACAAUAUCGCGGCUCAAGAACAGACUUUAGAUGUUCAGGUUACCACAAAUGGAAGUUGGGGUGUCACGGCGCCCACCGAGGACAGACCGAUCCACCCGGACGCUCGUGAUUCGGAUAUCCAGUUAGAGUUUCUUACAGAGAACAAUAUCGCGGCUCGAGAACAGACGUUGCUUUCCGUUCAACCAACCGGAACCGCCGUCUACUUUGGCUUCGUUAACCUUCAACCCCCAAAAUGCAUGCUAAGGAUGUCUGUUAGUGACUCGUGGAAAUAUUGCAGCGUGGUCACUAUCCUAUUCUUCUUGUGGGGGUUCUCUAACGGGCUUCUUAACGCUCUAAACAUUCAGAUCUCGACCAUCGCACAGCUAACUUUUAAACAAUCUUUAUCCCUAAGUACAGCUUUUUACGGCGGCUAUAUUAUAGGCCCAUUCACCGUCGGAUGGUACGCUCUAAAGGAAGGAGGAUUCAAAAUAAUUUUCAUUGUUAGCCUCUGCAUCUAUGGCAUUGGAUCCCUUAUGCUUUGGCCCUCCGCAUCCUUCAUCUCCUUGCCAGGCUUCCUCGUCUCAAAUGUCGUUGCUGCCAUCGGCCUGUCAUCCCUCGAAAUGGCCGCGAAUUCUUUUAUCACUCUCUGCGGGCCUCCACAGUAUGGCGAAAUGCGGCUUCUUUUUGCGCAGGCCAUGCAAGCACUCGGGGCAACAGUCAGUGAGCUAAUCGCCGACAAAGCCUUCGCCCCACUCAUUCAAACGAAGAAGAACUUAAUCCACGUACAGUGGACCUACUUUACCAUCGCGCUCUUCACCAUCGUCAUCGCGCUCUUCUACCACUACAUGCCGCUCCCCGAGGCAAGCGACGACGAUCUGCAAGAAGAGCUCCAGCCAGACCUCCUGCCAAUGAACAGGAUGGUUAAGACGACCUCGUUGACGCACAUAGGUGGCAUUAGAGUCGUGUUUCUGACCCUUGCCCUUGGUGUUAUGGUACAAUCUAUCUACAUUCUCUCACAAGUAGCUUUUGAUACCUGGUACAUCUACGUACUCGCCCCGCCGCCCGCAGAACACAAGAUCGACGGCCUCAAUCUGUCACCUAGAAACUACCUCCUCCUGGCCUACAGCUUGAAGUUCUUCUCGCGAGUCAUAGGUGGAGCCCUCUGUUUUGUGAUGUGGCCGCGGCUCAUCCUUCUACUCUCCCUUGCUGGUGCCCUAACAUUCACCAUCGCCUUUGUUGCUCUCCCAGAGGGCAGGGCAGCUAAAGACCCAAACUUGGUCGCUGGGCUCGGAAUGAUGGUGUUCUUCUUUUUAGCACCCGUUUUCCCCCUUGUCUAUUCGAUAACGCUAAGGGGAAUGGGGAAGAAUACGAGGUUAGCGGCGGCAAUGCUGACGGCCUCGAUUAGUUUAGGGGCGGUGGGCCCGUGGAUUAUAUUUGGGGCGAUGAGAAAAUGGAGGUUGAGGGAAUCGUUUUGGGUCAUAAUUUUUUGGCUUGGCAUCGCGCUGGUGUUUCCGGUGUAUCUCUCUGUGUCGAAGAAGGCAAGGUCUGUUGUGGAUUGGAAGGUCAAGGAUAGAAGGGGGGAAGAGAGGCCUAAGUCGCAGAGACGACAGAACGGGGUUCUCACUAGGAGACGAAGGAGUGAUGAAGAUGAGGAGCGAGGAUGGGGACGUUAGAGGUGUUGGGGCAGCUGAGGUGAAGAGAAGAUGAGGAGGGCAAAUGAGGUGAGUACGGAGAAGUUGUGGUUAGGGAGUGGGCUGGUUGAGAGCUGAUAUGUUACGCUAUUGACGGAGAUGACGAUCAUGACUGAUGACAAGAAAUUUUUCAUUGCUAUAGCUGUUGUAUGGCAAUAUAUGGGAAUAGGGGGGUGGUUAAGUUGGAUAGGCAGGAGUGUAUAUGUAUUUUAUGGGAUAUAAGGCAGUGGCGCUAGAGAAUGCUAUUAAAAAAGGCGCAGAUAGCGAAGUAGAGGAUAGAGGAGUUGAGGGCGGUCCUUCGGAUUCUCAUGGGAAUACCUCUAGAUGAUAGCACUUCUUUUGUCGGGUA